AAUCUAAAUUUGAAAAGAAAUUAAAAUUUAAAAUACGCAAUCUUAAAUUAAAAUUAUAUAAAAUCAAAAUUAAUUCGAACCCGACUUUGCGUCAAAACUGUGAACAUUUAUACGAAAUAACAACGAUAAUAAUUGCAAUAAUAAUAAUUGAAUAAGAACUUAGUGAAAAAAAUGAGUGAUUUAAUAGUAAUCGUACAAGAAGGCAAAUUAAAAGGUGCGGAACUAGAAAGUAGCCUAGGCUCUCGAUACAUAGCUUUCAGAGGAAUACCUUUCGCUGCUCCCCCCAUUGGAGAGCUCAGAUUCAAGGACCCGCAACCACCUGAACCAUGGACUGGCGUAAAGGACACAUCCGACGUUAACGAGUACAUCUGCUCCCAGGCCCAAGAUGUUCCACCAUUGAUUAUCGGCAACGAGGAUUGCCUGUAUCUGAACGUCUACACUAACUCCCUUUCACAAUCAAAGAAAUCAGUCAUGUUCUGGAUUCAUGACGGUGCAUUUACGAUAGGCUCCUCAAGCUUUCAACACUUCAGACCUGAUUAUUUGCUCGCUAAAGACGUUGUCGUCGUCACGACUAACUACAGGCUCGGAGCAUUCGGAUUUUUAAAUCUGGGUGACAAAGUGGCGCCAGGGAAUCAAGGGUUGAAAGAUGUGAUCGCGGCAUUGGAAUGGGUGAGGGAAAAUAUUGCCAGUUUCGGAGGAGAUCCUGACAACGUGACGAUUUUUGGGGUUAGCGCCGGGGCAGCUUUAACCCACGCUUUGCUCAUGUCGCCGCGCGCAAAGGGAUUAUUCCACAAAGCGAUUAUGCAAAGCGGAUCGAUGAGAAGUUUUUGGGCGAUUAAUCAAAGCCGUCCAGAGCGUGGCUUUAAUUUGGCCAAGUAUCUUGGAAAUUUGUCAAACGAUCCUGUCGAAGUAAUCGAAUUCCUGCGGACAGUAUCUGCUGAAGAUAUCGCACGCGCUCAGACUGCUCUCCUGUCCAAAGAGGAGAAAUUAAGUUUUAACCUUGCUUUUGGAAUGAAUAGCGACGAAAUAGCGGAGAAUCCUGUUUUACCAGAGUCUUUCGAGCAAUUAAUCAAAAAAGAGAUAGACAUCCCUGUGAUGGUCAGUCACACGUCCAACGAGUUCAUUAUGUUUUUGCAAAAUAAAAAUGAGCAACUCGUGCGAAUAUUCAAUUUAUAUCUAUUGACGCAUGUGAGAAACUUAGGAUCGUUGAAGAUGUUGGAGGACGAGAAAGUUAAACAUUUAUACAGAUCGGUGAAGCAGCGUUAUUUCAAUGGGAAAUCAAUCACCGCCAAUAAUUUCGAUGAAUUGACGGAAUUUUUGGGCCACGUUUAUUUCGCCAUUCCCGCGAUCGUAUGGCUGCAGGAUCGAAUAAGAAGGGUAACCUCGCCUAGUUACUUUUGCAAAUUUUCCUACGUUGGCAAUGAGAAAACACCCACCGAUCUGCUAGUGAAACGCCAAGCUUCCGGAACAUCUCACGUGGACGAUAUCGCGUACUUGUUAUAUCUGCCGAAAUGCAAAGUUGAAAAUCCGGAUCCACCGGCGAUUGGAACGAAAGACAGGAUCACGUUGGAACGAAUGACCAAGAUGUGGACGAAUUUCGCUAAAACGGGAGAUCCCGUCUCGAUUAAAGACGAGUUUGUCGAUAUCGAUUGGAAUCCCGUAACCACGGACGAAUUCUCUUAUUUGGACAUUGGGGAGGAGUUACGAAUUCGCCCCGUCCCGGAACAUUUAUUGUUCUUCGAACGGGGUUUAUAAUUUUUAGGAUUGUGACGGAAAAUUGAUUUGUGUGCGA